GGGCGCAGCGGCGGCGCAGCUUUUGACGCGUCUGUGUUAUGAGACGCACGUUGUCAGGUAUCUUUGCACAACGUGUGUUUUUCCAGCAGGGGUGACACGAGCUGUCCGAGUAGUGAAGCGGGGACCCCUCCGCGGCUCUUCGGCUGAUUCAAGAAUAAAGAGACACAACUUGAGCGAAACUAAGAAUGUUUCCAGCGAGCAGAUACUCGAGUAAAGCCCACAGGUGCAUCCGGGCACUGAGGACGGCCCAGGGAGAGCAUGCUGCCCCUCCGCUGUACACGACACUCAACAGACGGGCGUGCUCUUCGGUGUCAACACCCCGCAUCACCACACACUACACCAUCCAUUCCCGGGAUAAAGAUCCAAGAUGGGAAGGGAUCGAAAUGGAGAGGUUUGCCGACGAGGCCGAUGUGGUGAUCGUAGGCGGGGGCCCCGCCGGCCUUUCGGCAGCCAUUCGCCUGAAGCAGCUCGCCAAUGAACACGAGAAGGAGCUGCGAGUGUGCCUCGUGGAGAAGGCCUCUCAGAUCGGAGCACACACCCUGUCAGGAGCCUGUCUGGAGCCCACUGCCCUGAACGAACUCUUUCCAGAUUGGAAGGAGCGAGGGGCACCUUUGAACACCCCCGUGACUGAAGACGUAUUCAGCAUUUUAACGGAGAAAUACAGAAUCCCCAUCCCCAUUUUGCCAGGUCUGCCCAUGGGGAACCACGGCAACUACAUCGUGAGGCUGGGCAACUUUGUGCGCUGGCUCGGGGAGCAGGCCGAGGAGCUGGGAGUGGAGCUGUACCCCGGCUACGCUGCAGCGGAGGUUUUGUUUCACGAAGACGGAAGUGUGAAAGGAAUUGCCACCAAUGAUGUCGGCAUCGCCAAAGACGGCUCACCGAAGGAUGUCUUUGAGCGAGGGAUGGAGCUCCACGCUAAAGUCACCAUGUUCGGAGAGGGCUGCCACGGGCACCUGGCCAAGCAGCUCUACAAGCGGUUCAACCUGCGGGAGAACUGUGAACCCCAGACCUACGCCAUCGGCCUGAAGGAGGUGUGGACGAUUGACGAGAAGAAGUGGCGUCCCGGCCGAACGGAGCACUCCGUGGGCUGGCCCCUGAACAGACGCACGUACGGGGGGUCCUUCCUGUACCACCUGAACGAGGGCGAGCCGCUGGUGGCGUUGGGCUUCGUGGUGGGUCUGGACUACAGCAACCCGUACCUGAACCCCUUCGGGGAGUUCCAGCGCUGGAAGCAUCAUCCCUUCGUGGCCGCCACGCUGGAGGGCGGCACCAGGAUCGCGUACGGCGCCCGAGCUCUGAACGAAGGCGGGUCGCAGUCCAUCCCCAAGCUGACGUUCCCCGGAGGGCUUCUGAUCGGCUGCAGCCCCGGGUUCAUGAACGUGCCGAAGAUCAAAGGGACCCACACGGCGAUGAAGAGCGGCAUGCUGGCCGCCGAGGCCGUGUUCCCCAAAGUCACCGCCGAGAGCCCGGAGUCGGAGACGGCAGGCCUCCACGCGCCCGAGUACGCCGACACUCUGAAGAACUCGUGGGUGUGGAAAGAGCUUCGCUCGGUCCGAAACAUCCGGCCGUCCUUCCACAAUUACUUUGGCCUGUACGGCGGCAUGGUCUACACCGGGGUCUUCUACUGGAUCUUCAGAGGCAAAGAGCCCUGGACACUCAAACACUGUGGCCUCGACGCAAACCAGCUGAAACCGGCCAAAGAGUGCACCCCGAUCGAAUACCCGAAGCCCGACGGCAAGCUGAGCUUCGACCUGCUGUCCUCGGUGGCCCUGAGCGGCACCAACCACGAGGGGGACCAGCCCGCCCACCUGACCCUAAAGAGCGACAGCGUCCCGGUCCAAAGGAACCUGGCCAUAUACGACGGACCCGAGCAGCGCUUCUGCCCCGCGGGUGUGUACGAGUACGUUCCCCUGGAAACGGGGGACGGGAUGAGGCUGCAGAUAAACGCUCAGAACUGCGUCCACUGCAUGACCUGCGACAUCAAGGACCCGAGCCAGAACAUCAACUGGGUCGUGCCCGAGGGCGGCGGAGGACCGGCCUACAACGGAUUGUGAACAUUGUCUUUUUAAGAAAUAUUAUUAUUAUUGCCUCUCAAGAACUGACGGCAGCGUGCGUUCAGGGGUCGCAGGACUUUUCAGUUAUGGCCAUCAAGCCCGAGUACGGAAGACUGACUUUAUAGGUUUGCUCCGAAAAGCAAGGAUAUUAAAAAUGUAUUCGGUUCUACUAGUUGGUUAGUUUUAAGUGAGGCACAGGAGUUCUGAGAGCUAAUGGACCAUAUAAGAAUGAAAAGAGGUCAGUUUCAAUUUUAUUUUGCAUCACUGCUGUAAAAUCCACUAUGAGCAUGUUUCAAAAUAAAGUGUCUUCCUUUUUAUUUUUGAAGUAGUUUUAAACAGUUAAUUUAUUCCUUCGAGAUUUUUCUGUAAAUGAUCGAGCCGUUCUCAAAUGAAGGUUUAUAUCAGCAUUUAUUCUAGGUACGUCUGGACAGCAUUUCAUCCACAGCAUAUUGUACAUUAAAUGAAAACAUCACAGAAAUGAAUAAUAAAGAACUCUUGAAAUGUU